AUGUCGUUCUCGAAUACCCAUUUGCCAGACUGGGCCAUCCCAGCCGACCCAAUGGACCUCGCCUGCAUCGCACAAGUCAGAUAUCAUUCGGCGAUGGAAUUGGAUGGCGACUACCAGCCGGAAGAUCUACAACAGAUUGCGGAGGAUGUGGCUGUGGAUCUUCGCCGAAGGUGGGAUGAGGUCCUUCAGCGGAGUCGAGAUACCGCUGAAGACGAGGAUUUACGGCGUUUUGCGAAUGCUGAAGUCGAACGUCAGCGCGCAAAAGAAGAUGAGGAGACUCACCUUGCACUUUCCAUCAGCCAAGCAGAGUCAAAUCAAGCAGAAGAGGCAGAAUUCCAGACGGCAAAGUUGGAGUCUCGCGUGGACGAACGUGCCCGAGCUGAACGAGCCGAGCGCGAACAGUUGGAGCAGGCCGUUCUAGAUAGCCUGGUGACAGCUACGCUUCUUGAGCAAGAGCAAAAGGAGGCUAUCGACAAGGCCAUCGUUGAAAGCGAAUCGACCGUGAAGCGUGAGCAGAAACGAAAGGUCGAAGAGCUUACCUGUCGCCUGGCAAAGUAUACUAUCAACGACUUGACCGAAGAGGAGCAUAUGCGGCUUGGUAUACUUCUAAGUCAGAAAAAGGAGCUUCGAAACAGUGACGCUGCUGUUCUUCCGGCCACCCUUGCUGUAGACGGCGGCAGAUCCAGUGUAAAAUCUCCGCAUCCAGCAACUGCGGGUACUUUAUCUUCGCUUCCAAUCAGGAUCGGUCCCUCUGUUCUAUCAGUGCCUUCAUCAGGUUCACCAUUGUACGGUACGGAAGCAGAGAACCCUGCACGGAGAGUGGAAUUACCCAAAGUAUCUCGCAGUACCCCGAGCGAUUCGCGAAUCAGCGAAAACCACUUGGUAUACCCAGGCGCAUUCCCAGUAUCGCCUUCUCAGACAAGCUCGGCAGCACGUGGUGCGGUGGGUAGACCGAUAUCAAACUGUAGUACCCCAUUGUUACCGGAUGCAUAUGCUUCGUCUUAUGCGGGCAGUACAGCACCUCAUAUUGAGGCAGGAUCGCUUCCUGGUAUGCUAUUUGGGAAGAGAAUGAUCAUAAGACGCCCUUUAAGCACCGGAAGAUCCAGCGAGCGACUCUCUGGCACAUAUCCACCACCAUCACAAGCGAACGACAGUCCGAAUCGAUCGGCUACAGUGUCUACUGGAGACACGUUCAUCACAGCUCGGGAAUCGCUGUCGCCCCAACUCCUUGCACAACCGCAGAGUGCUCUAUCGAACUCCUGGCGAAAUGAGUAUCAUGACAGUCAACAGCGAGAAGCCCAAGAAUCUCGAUCAUCCACGCCCUUCUCGCUCUAUUCACUGCCGAGCAGAGCAUCGUCUGUUGGUCGGCCGCCCUCUUCUCAAACAUUGCGUGAGAGCGUUGCGCGGAAGCCUGUUGCAAAUUGUCGGCCUCUGGCCCCCGUUGCUUCUGUAAGUCGACCACCAGAAAUCGCUCCCGAUGCGGUAUUAUCGCCAGCCGUAGCUUCGUCGUAUUCACAGCAGCUCUCGAUACAUUAUCAUAUCAAUGGUAAUGGUCCUGUGACUAUCAACAACUACAAAGUUCCGGAAAAUACCACGUCAUCUUUGUCCCUAGCUCAGCAUGUGCCAACUAGAGAUGGCGGAAACAUUGCCAAUGGUAUGAAAGAGGCAAGAAUCGGCUUCAAAACCAUAGCAGAAGUCAAGAGUGCGGCGAAGAAUCUGGCGAGGAGUGCAACCCAAAGAAAGAGAUUCAAGGUCGACUCUCCAAGGAUUGCGUACGCUGCAGUCAACGAGAUUGGCGAUUUUGAACAAGCCUCUGUUCCCGAAGUCCAGAAUGACGUUGGCAGCAUCGCUCCGUUGCCGCAAACACAAAAAUGGUUUGUCACAAACCCUGACAUAAGUUGCUCGAAUCUGAACACGCCCGAGGCCGGAGGAUCUCCAAGUUCAGAACACCCAAUGUCGCAGACUAUUGGCGGUAUUGCACCUAGAAUGCCCUUGUUACAGCAAUCGACAGCGUCAUCCCCACUAUCGACAACAACUCAGCAGACGACAAUGCGGCCGCCUCAAUGGGAUGAGUCGAUGAUCUUGGAUGUGAAUGGCGAUGCAGUGACUCCGCCUAGCGAUCGGCAGUCAGACUUGACAAGUCUUCCAAACGAUGGUAGUAUCAUUCACGAUGCUGCCGCUUCGAAUAUAUUCGAUCGUGGUCUUAUGCCUCCUCCUUUGAACUUCGGUAAACGGACUAAUACCGUGCUACGCAAGCCGCAAAACCUGGCUGGCAUGUCUUCUACAGCGCCAUCGCAAUCACCGCAGAUGAGCCGUAAUCCGAUGUCUAGAUAUAUGGCUCAAGUACAGAAGCGACCGGAUGAGUGGCUGCAGAGGCCUGUACAAUUCUCAUUUCGAACUCAAGGAUCAGCCCCUGGUUCGCCGGACAGUAUGGCAGCGGAGGCGCCGACUCCUGGUCGAGUUAAUGAAGCUCUAGGUCGCCGCAGCAAGUUUCCGCCAAUCGAUACUAACCUGGCGAAUGUGCCUCCGGGAGAGCGAGGCAUCAAUCACUUCAACUCGCGGUCGAUGACGGAUUACGGCAGAAUGGCUCAUGAUCCUGAUUAUACGCGCUUUCGUAACUUGUUUUCGUAUUCUUCAAACCUCCACACAAACAUGGGCUCGAUAGAUAUCGCAAGUGGAAUGAAGACGACGUGGAGUCGCUUGGUACGUUUUGUGGCAGCCGAAGACGGUGUUGAGCAUAUCGGCGAGCCGCUCGACACAGAACUGGAUGUCGGCGCAGCCCUUGCAGCUGGAUCAGAAGUCGGAGUACGUGUUUUCACCGGUUCAUCGGUACUCUCUGUAGAUGCGCAGCCAACAUCAGCGAUCGCGACAAUAUCACGACUGCUGCCACCACUGUCAAGAACCGAAGUCGGUACUAUUCGCUGUAUAGGCCUCAACUAUCGCAAACAUGCUAGGGAGAUGAAUCUGGAUCUCCCAAACCACCCAACACUUUUCUUCAAGCCUGCAACCUGUCUGGGUGCACCCAAUGGGCCACUGGUCAUCCCACGUCAAGCGACCGAUGGGCAGGCAGACUACGAAGCCGAGCUCGCCAUAAUCAUUGGGAAAUCGGCAAGGAAUGUGAGCACAGAAGAUGCUAUGGACUACGUGCUGGGUUACACAUGUUCAAAUGACGUGACAGCGCGAGUCCACCAAUUCAACGGUGCGCAAUGGAGUUUUGGAAAAGGCUUCGAUGGCUUCGCACCGCUCGGGCCCUGUCUCGUAUCCGCGUCUUCAAUAUUGAAUCCGGGCGACAUCGAGCUCAGAACCGUACUGAAUGGCGAGACGAUGCAGUACUCGUUGGCGAAUGAUAUGAUCUUUAGUAUACCUGAGAUCGUUGCGUACCUUAGUCAAGGGACAACAUUGGAGCCAGGUACCGUGAUCAUGACGGGUACACCGCAUGGGAUUGGCGUCAGCAAAGUACCAAAGGUGUGGCUCAAACAGGGCGAUGAUCUGAGAAUCGUGAUGAGUCAUGGUAUGGGAAGUCUGGUGACGCCAGUCGUGUAUGAGAAAGCCUAG